UGAGAGUGAAGAAGAAUAAGAAGAAGAACAAAGAAAAUGGGGAGAGCUCCGUGCUGUGAGAAAAUGGGGCUGAAGAAAGGGCCUUGGUCUGCAGAAGAAGAUCAGACACUCAUCACUUAUAUCCAAUCACACGGUCAUGGCAAUUGGCGAGCCCUUCCCAAACAAGCUGGGCUUUUAAGGUGUGGCAAGAGUUGCAGACUACGAUGGACCAACUAUCUGAGGCCUGAUAUCAAACGCGGUAACUUCACCCCUGAAGAAGAGCAAACCAUCUUCCAGCUUCACCAUCUCCUGGGAAACAGGUGGUCAGCAAUUGCAGCGAGAUUACCGGGACGCACAGACAACGAAAUAAAAAAUGUGUGGCACACCCACUUGAAGAAGAGGCUCCCACAAAACCAACAAAACCUCCCCACAAAUCGGAACCCUAAACACAAAAAACAAAACCCCGUGAGUUCUUCCGCAGCCGACGAUGAUGAUCAAGACGUGAUCCAAACCCAGAUCAAACAGCACUGUGCCCCACAGUCUCCCCCACAAUGUUCUAUCAGUGCCAGUGAUGCCUCCACCCUCACUAACAGUGUUGAACGUCACAGUAACGACAUGUCCACAAAUGAUGUCGAGACGCUAACACAGAAUAUAGAGGCUUUGGACGAGGAUUUCUGGUCGGAAGUCUUGUCGGCUGAUAAUUCUGGGGAAAGCAGCGAACUUGCAGGAGUGGGUGCUUAUGCUGCUGACCCACACUUCCAAUUCCCAUUCUCUCCACUCACGGGUGAACCAAGCAUCUGCGAUGGGUUUAAUAUCGACUUUUGGGGCGAUAAUGUUUACGCCAGAACCCACGAGUUAACAGAGUUAUUACCACAAUUAUGAUGUUCAUUUGUAAUCUGCUCAUUCGUUAAUAUCACGCAACAAGACGAGCUUGUUUGUUCCCCUC